AAUGGGAAGCCAGCGUAUUCCCGCCUCCCCCCCAUCCUUUAUCUAAAGGAAGUGCCAAAAUAAGCAGGAGCAGCCGGAGAGCUGGCCUGAAGCUCGGACACCUUUCUCCACCGCAAGCCAGAAGAGUCAGCGUCCACCAUGAAGUCUGCCCGGGUCCCGGCCCCGGUCCCGGUCCUGGUCCUGGUCCUGGUCCUGCUCACGCCUCUUCAUGUCCUCAGCUCAGAUGAUCCGACGCAGACACCAGCAGGAACUGCCAAGUCAGUAGUGGGAACACAGACAGCGCCUGUACCAGGUGAAACAACAGCAGUGGCAGGAAGAGCAGCAGCACCAGGAGUGGCAGCAGCAACAGCAGCAGCAGCAGCAGCAGCAACAGCAGCAGCAGCAGCAGCAGCAACAGCAGCAUCAGGAACAGCUCCAGCAGCUCCAGCAGCUCCAGCAACUCCAGCAGCUUCAGCAGCUCCAGCAGCUGCCUCCACAGUCCGCCCUGCUCUCACUGCUUCCCAGGACAAACCGACCACCGCUGGGGACAAAAAAAGUGUUCCUCCAUCCACGCAAACAGUGGCCGCUCCACCGCCACCUCCUCAGCCGUCCACACAGCCGCAGAGACCCACCGCUCCUCCCAACCCCUCGCACACACCCACCAAAAGCGGUCUGGACCCCCGAGCUCAUCGUCCAGGCCAGAACACAGUGGUCCCGGACACACAGGGCCCUCCAGGAGCCAAUGGAAGCACCGAAAAACAGAACGCAGGUGCAGGUCCUCUUGGCUCAGACUCACAGCAGACGCAGCCGCCUCCAGGGAUGUCCGUGGCCGAGGGAGGCCAGCCAGCAGAGAAAGGAGCCGGUUCCCAGCCAAACAGUGAGGAGAAAGCUCCACCCAAAUCAGCCUCUGACAAAAGGCUGUGGCUGAUCCUGCUGCCGAUCUUCCUGGUGGUAGCCGCCGCCGCCAUCGUGAUCAAGUUCAAAUCCAAGAAAGUCCACGACCACACAGAAACCCUCGACACCGGGACCGAGAACGCGUCCUUCCAGAGCCGACCAGAAAGCACCAAAGAUGGCGUCAUGCUCCUCGGAGUCAAGUCGUCAGGCGGAGAGGAAAAUGCUGCCAGAUAAAAACCAAAGUGCAGUGACAUGAAGAAGAGGAUGAGUUCCAGCUGUCGCCCGCCCUGAUGGUUUGAGGCAACUGAGUGCUAUGUUGUUUUUUUUUUAUUAAGUUUUUUUGAAUUUGGUGUAAUUUUAUUCAUUUUCAACAAGCUAAUGUUGAACAGUGUUUUUGAUACCUCUUCCCCUGAAAGCAGUUCAGUCAGGAAAUGAGUGUGAAGUUUCUGGGAGCUGCUCAGCUCUUCAUAACCAGUCCAGUCUGCAAAAAAUUAUGCUUUAUAGGCUUUUGCAAACUGUGGAUUAUUUUAAUGUUAACAUUUCUGAACCUGAAAUAUGUCCAUUUAUCCAAAACCCCUAAUACCAGCUUGUACUUUUAACAGAUUGUUCUUUUUUUACUUUGACGCAAACAGGCAUUUUUCCUCACCGAGGAUUUCUGAAAACAAACAAAAGUUUCAUGAAACUGUUGAAUUCCAAGAUUAAACUGGAAGAAAGAAACCUGAAUUUGACAUUUUUCUAUGUUAAGAUUUUGACAUUGAUGAUGAAAAUCAGAUUUUUUUUCCCUCUAAAUUCCAAGAAAUAAUGUAAAAGACAUUUCAUUUGUGGUAAUUUUUUGAUCUGCAUUGUUUCUUCUGUGAUGAUCAGCAGCAGGGAAGCUCAGGGGGAUGCAUGGAUUUAUCUCUUCAACUUUUUAAAGAAAUCAGGAUUACGGUAAAUCAGUGGAGUAUAAAUCUAUUAAUAACCUCACUUCAACAUUUUAAAAGCUGGAUUUAAGCGAAAUAAAGCAGCAUUAAAAUGAUACAAUUAGUGCAGAAAAGGUAGAUGAUGUUACAUGUGUGUCAUUGUUUUCUGAUUUCGAUGAUCCAAAUGUUUCAUUCGACGUAUCCACAGUAUGCAGAAACUUACACUGCCAGCAUCUUUUUUUCUAUUUUAGAAUAAAUCCAUCCAUAAGCUUUUA